AUUACAAUCAUAAUAAAACCACCUCAAAUUUCUGUUAAUAUCUCUCUCGACUUUUCAUCUUCCCUCUUGAUUUUCCCUCACUUUCUCGUCCUUUCUCGCCUACCAAACACCACCGUCUCCUCCUCAUCCACCGCGACACUCGCCGCCGCACAUGGAGAUGUCAAUGGAGGAUUCGCGCUCGUAUGACGAAUUUCUUCUCUCCAUGGUUCUCGGCGCGUUUCUCCGCUUCGGACGAUCUCCACGAUUUUCGAAGAAUUCUAUACCCAUUACGCAACGAAUAUCUAGUGCUCCGGCGGCGUUUUAAGGUUCUUUCUUCGAUUUCCAACUUCCUUCGUUGUUUUUAGUUUUUCUUUCGCUGUUUCGGCUUGAAAUUUCCAAGUGUUAGGAUCGUUGACUCUUUGAUUUCUUGCCACUCGUCGAAUCUUGGUUGUUAGUAUGGUUAGGUUUGUCCAGAAUUUCAAUCUAGAAGAGAGUCUGUGUCAAACGGAAGUUUCAGUAUGAGAAAUUUCGCUGCUAUGCUAUGCUCCUAGGGUUUGGUUUGGUAUGAAGAUUUCAAUUUCAAUGUGUUUGAGAUCUUGAUCUGGAAAUAGGUUAGGAGUUUUGUGUUUUUGGAAUUUCAGUGGAAUUCUUGUUGCGUUUGUUGAAUUUUGAAUUUGACCUUUUGGGCGGAAAAAUUUUACAUGGCGGAAAGAAGGUUGGAAUUGGGGCCUCCGAAGAGUGCUUCUACCAGUUUGAAAGAAGAGUCGGCGAGAAAAAUGCUGAGAAUUGUUAGAUCUCAAGGGCACCCGUAUGUCGAGCUACGUGAGGAUGGGAAAAAGCUCAUAUUUUACUGCAUUUUGUGUCUUGCGCCGUGUUAUGGUGAUACUGUUCUGUUUGAUCACUUGAAAGGUAAUCUUCAUAAGGAGAGAUUGUCUUCUGCUAGGAAAACUUUGCUAGGACCAAAUCCUUGGCCUUUUAAUGAUGGCCUUGUUUUCUUCAACAACGCUGCCUCAACUGAAGAAGAUAAGGACUCGGAAACUAGAAACGGUAACCGAAGUAGGUUGUUCAACUUAAGUGACAAUGAAGAUGAUCUUGCGAUUGUGGAAUUUGGUGGAGAAGUUCAGUCCGAUGUUCAGCCAAUUUCAACUGAUGGCAUACCGGUUGAUGAUGGUACGUUAAUCAUUCCUCAAUUAAAGAUUGGGGAUGAAAAUUCUGAUGUAAAAGUUAGAGAAGUGGGCUGGGGGAAGAUUGCUGCAAGGUUCCUUGAGAAGCAUAACACUUUGAAUGGGAAUGGGAUUAAACGAAUAUGGUGUGAAUGGUUAGGAAAAGAGAGUAUUAGUCAACAAGAUGGGGUUGAGGUUCUAGAGCAUGAUUAUGCAGUUGUAAUUUUCUCUUACAAUUAUGAAUUGGGUCGGUCAUGCUCAUGGCUUGCUGAUGUCAAGUCAUUGCUCCCGUCUGAUUCUAUGACAAAACCAGAAAAUGAAGGGGGAUGUGGCCAAAAGAGAAAGGCACCAUUGUCUGACUCUGAGGAUACUGAUGAUUCUUUGAGCAACCAGUGUGAUUCAUCUGCAGGAGGGUCUUCAGCUUCAAAAAAUGACACCUCAUUAGUGGCACUAGAUCAAUGCGACAAUCAACUUCUUCGCACAAAGAUUGUUUCAAGCAAGGCUGUGAGGAAAGAAUUGAGGCGGCAUCAGCGCUUAGCAGCAGAGAAAGCAUGUAACAUCUGUCAACAAAAAAUGCUUCCUGGUAAAGAUGUAGCAGCACUCUUGAAUUUGAAGACUGGAAUACUAGUGUGCAACAGUCGGAAUGAAUCUGGGGCAUUUCACGUGUUUCACACGUCCUGCCUUAUAAACUGGAUGAUUCUGUGUGAAUAUGAAAUAAUAAAAAAUCGUUUAGCUCACCCAAGUGUUAGACAAGGAGGGAACGGAAAGGUUGGAUCACAUCGCAACAAUAUUGGAAAAGGAAAGAAUAUGAAAGCUGAUAGGGUGGUAGAAACUGUGUUCUGCCCAGAGUGCCAGGGUACUGGUCAACUCGCUGAUGGAGUUGGGUUGGAGUACCCAGGUUUUUUUACUAUGGCUCAGAUAUUCAAUUUCAAAAUGGAGGCAGCUGUUGCCCGCCAAAAAUGGAUCAGUAGCCCUGAAGAUUUGCAGAAUUGCUCAAUUGGGUUUCACUUCCCUUCACAAUCUGAAGCAAUAGUUGAGGAAAAAGUGGAGCCUAUAAAAUUGCUUCGUUUUUAUCGUGUUGACGAUCAGAGUGAAGGCAUGGAAAAUUAAGAAUUGUAGAAACUUUAUGUCUAGUUUGUAUGUCUGACUAUAUUGGUUUUACAUUUUCAAGAACUGUGUCGCAUUUUAGGUAAAUGUAGGUUGGUAGACUGGGUUAUAUAACCUUGUAGAUUGUCACGAGACUUAGCAUCGUGUAUACAUGUUAUUGAGGGUGUAUGAAUGCACAUUGCUGAUAUAUGUGGUUAAGGAAGAGCAGAUGUCGAUCUAGAGUUA